AUGACCCACAGUCCUCCAACAGAAGCACCUGAGUUCCGUGGCAGAACUCUCACUCCCGUCUCUCCGAAGCCCGUCCACUUCCCUCAAGCCUCGAACGUACCAAUCCUUGAGAAGUCCAUGGAACCGAACUUCAGUGAAAGCGCUGCGCAAAUGCUAGCUCAGUCCUCCGCAUACCAGUCGCAGCAGCAAGACCAGCCAUCAAGCGAUCCAUCCUCAUCCGGCUCCAUCACGUAUGCCGACCCAGGAGUUGCGAAUAAUGGCUAUAGUGGGAUGGGGGGUGCGGCAUUCCAGGCGAACGGGCAGGACGACUACGCGAGAUCGCUAGCUUUCGACGGGGACGGUCAAAAUAAUCAAGAUACUGCUGCAAACCAGUAUUACCCGCAUACACAGUUCUACACCACUGAUGCCUCCAGUGAAGCUGCCUCUGCCUCACAGCAGACAUAUCGGGCGCCCGACCCCAUGUCCUACAAUCCUUUUGCCGGCAGCCCUGGUGCAGGCGCAUUCGCCCAACAGCCCCCAAACCACAACGGAUUUCAAGGAUUGUCGCAAGACUAUGCGCCAAGCUCCACACUGGGUGAUGGCGCUGGUGGUGGGGUCAACAUCCAAGCAUUGCUGGAUAACUUGACAUCAUCCACUCCUCAAGCUCCGCCUCCAGGAGUAUCGGGCAAUUCCUCCUCACCACGCCUUCCACAUGCCUCCCAAAGCUUCUCAUCGAGCCAUACUGCCCCUCCAUCAAGCGCGACUCUCCCCGGCAAUCCCAAUCUACCACCACGACCACCCCCGCAAGAAAAGCCGGCCACUCAUCCCAAUUACGCACCUGGUGAUGACAUUCGCUCGUACCACCCCCAUAGCCAGAAGAAUCCUGGCGCCGCCUAUCGCUCCCAGUCCGGACUCCCUCCUCUGCUGACUGCUGGUGCCAAUGGUCUGCCACCGCCGCCCGCGCCAUCAUUCCAGCAAUCUACGCCCGUUUCCGCCACCAAGCGCACGCAAAGCCCUGCUACACCAAACCAACGUCAGCGAGACCCGUUGCAGCGACGUGAUAAAGAAGAUCUAGAUGACGCUGAUACCCCUUGGGGUCCGGAAGUUCAGAAGAUCUUCGACGAGUUUCUGCAAGACGAACGAAAUUAUGUCACGGAAGGCCAGUGGAACAAGUUCCCACCCAAUUCACGACUCUUCAUCGGCAACCUGCCUACGGAGAAGGUCACCAAGCGUGAUUUAUUCCACGUCUUCCAUAAGUAUGGUAAACUUGCUCAGAUCUCCAUCAAACAAGCUUACGGCUUCGUACAAUUCCUGGACGGGGGUGCUGCCUAUCAAGCGCUCCAAAACGAGCAGGGCGCUACUGUUCGGGGAAGGAAGAUGCAUUUGGAGAUUUCUAAGCCUCAACGAAACACACGUAACGCAGACGGACAGAAACAGAACAACGCGAACAAUCGCGAUGGGGCCAGGAAACGCUCCAGGUCUCCGGACUACAGUCGGGGUGGAAACAACCAGCAACAACAGCGCGGGAUUGAUCGUUACACUAGUGGAUCGCAUGGCGGAUCACAGAGGGACUCCUAUCGUAGCCGCGAUGACUACCGGCCGAGGCGUUCGCCAUCGCCUCGUGGCUUUCAUGGCGGCAGAGGACGGGAUCGUAGCCCCGACCGGUACGAUGGGCGCCGAAGGAGCAGGUCGAGGUCGCCGUACGGCCGCAGCCGGUUUAGGAGUCCUAGUCCGAGGCGGGAGACCGAUGAUGACUUACCCCUGCCCAGAAGGCGCCCGGAGAAUGUACCCGACGUGCAGGUAAUCGUGCUAGAUGAUCUUGAUAGGAACUUCAUCGCGUAUGUUGAGCGAUCGUUCGUGGACGCUGGGCUGAAAUGCGACGUGCUGCUUCUAAGCUCUCGUCUCCCUGAAGCGGCGGUCGUCCGGAGGCAGAUCUUAGAAGGCGUACAGGCUGUGACGAAGCUGAGGAACGUACAUCAGACAACCGGCAAGAUACCCUUGCAGGUGUUUGAUAGGAGAGACGGCGUCGACAACGUCCGAUUCGAAGAAUACGAAAAUCUAGAGCCAUCGAUCUGCGCCCAACUGGUCCUCCGCGCCAAACAAACUCACGGUGCCCCUCAACCACAGCAGCCAGCUUACGGCAUGCCGCCCGCAGCAUAUGGCAUGCCACCCGUCCAGUACGGCCUUCCUCCCCCGCAACCCCCUCCACAGCAAUACCCUCCACCCCAACAUCUCGCGGCUGCUAUGGGCAAUCCGAGCCUCAGCAACACCAUCGCCAACCUUGAUCCAUCAAGCCUACAACAACUUCUCGGAGCGAUGCAGCAUCAACCCGCACAGACGGCCCAGCAGCAACAUACCCAGCAACAAGCCCCGCCUCCAGCCCUGACCGCAGACCUUGCGCGCAUCCUCGGCGGCACUGCGCCAGCUCCACAACAUCAGACUCCGGCCUACAACCAACCACCACCGCAGAUGCAGGGGAAUCCGUAUGGUGCGUUGGCGGGCAACCCGGCGCUGGCGUCGCUACUGGGAGGGGUGGGCACGCCGCAGCAACAGGUGCCGCAACAGCAGCCUCCGCCGCAGCCGCCGCAGGGGCAGCAGCAGGGGCAGCCGGAUAUGCAGGAGAUCAUGGCGCAGUUGGCGAAGUAUAGGCGUUGA